AUGGCGGCGUCGUCGUCGACGGCGUCCUCGUACCGGUCGCGGUUCGGUGACACGACGGAGACGAAGGUGUUCGUGGGCGGGCUGGCGUGGGAGACCCCGUCGGAGGGCCUCCGGCAGCACUUCGAGCAGUACGGCGACAUCCUGGAGGCCGUCGUCAUCACGGACCGCCUCACCGGCCGCUCCAAGGGCUACGGAUUCGUGACGUUCCGGGAGGCGGAGGCGGCGCGGCGGGCGGUGCAGGACCCGAACCCGAUGAUCACCGGGCGGCGCGCCAACUGCAACAUUGCCUCGCUGGGCCCGCCGCGGCCCGCGCAUCCUCGAGGGAGGCCGUCGGCCGUGCCCUACUGGCAGCAGGGCCCGCCGGCGCCGGUGCCGCCGCAGGGCCCGCAGUACUACAUCCCCAGCCCGAGGGCUCCUCCGCAGCAGCAGCAGCAGAUGGGCCUGAUGCCCAGCCCUGGCCCGGCGAUGUACCACCAGCCGCCCCCUUCGCAGCCAUGGUACUGGGGCCCACCCGACUAUCAAUACCCACAGGCCAUGAUGACCCCUCAAAUGGUGCAGAACUACUAUGCUCAGCUGUAUGCGGCUGGGCUGGCGUCGCCGACAGGGCCACCGCCCUACCAUCAGUACGUGGGGUACAUGCAGAUGCAGGCCCCGACGCCGAGGGCAGCGGUGCUCUCGCCGGUGGCGCAGCAGAUCGCGGCGGGGCAGCCGUACGCGCCGCACCCGGCGGCGGCGCAGAUGCAGGGCUUCUCCAUGCAGGUGCCUUCUCUCCCGCACAACUUCGCGCUGCAGCUGCCCUCCCAUGCAGUGUCGAUGCUGCCUCCCAACGCAACCGAUAUGCAGCCGGCUGGUGGCCAGGCGUCCUCCUCUGCAGCCGCGGUGACGAACGCGAACAACACUCACCAGGGUGCCUGA